GUUGAAUUUCUCUUCUUCUUAUUUUAAGCUUUUCUUUUUUGUUUUUUGUGUAUCUCGGGUCUGAGUACAACAAACUUUCUCACUCGCUCGGGGGGCGAUAUUGCGAUUGUCACGAUUCCCCGAUUUAAUCGUCUGCUCCGGCGCCUGAUUUUCCAUUGCUCUGCACUUGCACUGCGCAAUUACAUCAGGGCGGUGUUUCAGCUGGAGCGAAGAUCUGAUCUCGAAGCAAUCAGCUUUCCUUGUUUUUUUUCUUCUUCCUCAUAGCUUCAUAGUUUUUCUCCCUUUACAGGGUUGAAACUCGCUGACGUCUACGAUCUUCCAACUGCACGCCCAAAAAACUGCCCCGAGCUUCAGAGUUUCCGCAGUGGGGCCGGCCUAUCCCAGCUCACGCUCACAGGCGCUGUCAUGCGACACCCAAAGCGCCAGUCAUGGUCUUGUGCCCUUUUCUGCGUUUUCUUUCUCUUCUUCUUCAACAUUCUCACCAGCCCGGCUUUUGCACUUCCGGCGACGCCGUCUGCCUCUAUUUCAGCAUCUUUAAUAUCUUCAACAUCUCCGGCAGUACAGACGCAACUCACACCGUCGCAGAACAGAAAAAGAUUCUCUUCAGCAGCAUCAGCGCCAUCGCCGGGCCUCGGCAGCGAGACCCCACAAGCCACCGAAGGCGCCGCUCCAGCUCCAGCUCCAGCUCCAGCUCCAGGUGCAUCGCCGGCGACCUCGACAACAGCGCCCGACGAGAGAAUUCCGCAGCAUUUGAUACAGAUUGAGCAGCUUGAGGACGCUGGAAUAAAGGCGGCUGCGUCUCUUCCUUCUCCUCCCCCCUACAAGCCCAUCGUCACGCCGCCGCCGGACCAAGACUCCCAGCUGGCCAAGAUGGGCUACAGCAUGACGACAUUCUACACCUGCGACACCAUCGGUGGCCAGGAACACUGCGGGUGGCACGUGCCGGUUCUCAAGGCAGAUGCGCCGACGACGAGGACGGAUGUUCGCGUGGUGCUGGCGGUGGUGAGCUGUUUGGCCGGGAUACUGGCCUGGGGGUUGGUGUGAAUGUGAUGUGAAUGAGGGAGAAGAAGAUGCUGGACUUGGAGUAUUCACGACAGCACCCAUGGGACACACACACAAAACACAACCAAAAAUUGGCCUACGAAAACAAAACUUGGUGCCUGUAUUUUUUUUGUCUUUUUGUUUUAACCGGAUGGACGGUAAACGGAUCGAAUGGCUUCCAUUGUUGGAAGGGCUUCCCUUUUGGGAGCUAUUGGGCGGACGGAUGGCUGGCUGGGCUUGUGCUUUAUUUUAGGUUGUCGAUGAUAUCAUUGGCCACUGAUGGGCUACUGUUGGUGUUACUGUUACUGUUAUGAGCUGGGCGUUUGGAAACGGAUUAUACCUCUUGAGACUGGAUUUGUGUACUUUUUUUUAUUAUCAUUACUCUCAUCGCUAGACUGAUACAAUUUUGGCAUCAUGCUUACACUGCAUCUCGACCGUUUGCCACCCAC